AUGAACCCCGCCAAGUGUGUAUUCUUUGCAGAAGCUGGCGAUUUCCUUGGUUUUCUAGUGCAUCAAAGGGGCAUCGAAAUCCCAAAGGAUAAGGCGCAGGCGGCCUUCGAUCGAAUCAAGGACUACCUUACGAACCCACCAGUCCUGAUCCCACCUCGCGAAGGUACCCCGCUUAAACUCUAUAUCGCCGCUACCGACUUGUCCAUCGGCGGACUCUUGGCCCAAGACGACGAAAACGGGGUGGAGCACGCUGUUUAUUACCUCAGCAGGGUGUCAAUUGACUGCGAAACACGCUACUCGCCUAUGGAGAAGUUGUGUCUUGCUUUAUAUUUUGCAGGAUGCAAGCUGCGCCACUACAUGCUUGCCUUUACCACGGUUGUGAUCGCUCAAUCCGACCUGGCAGUAAAAGGACAGGCAAUAGCAGACUUUCUCGCUCAUCACCCACCUUCAGAGCUCACGGCGUUUCGCGAGUUGGAAUUCGCUGCUGUAGCACUCGCUCCAUGGACCCUUUACUUUGAUGGAUCACGAACUGAUACUGCAGCCGAAGCCGGGAUAGCCAUAGAAAAUCCCGCCGGAGAUCGUUUCUCCUACUCGUCCCAGCUUGAUUUCAAAUGCACAAAUAACCAGGCCGAAUACGAGGCGCUCAUCAUCGGACUGAAAAUUUUGUUGGACUUAGGAGUCCGCGAAGUUCAGGCAUUUGCAGUGUUGGAUCAAUUCGACGAUGUAUACAUCGAGCAUUUUCCACGCGAGUUCAACUUCGCGGCCAACGAGCUCGCCCAAGUAGCGUCCGGCCUCAGCCUGCGUGAUGGAGUGCGCGAACGUUUGCUCAAAGUCAAGCGCCGUACCCUUCCCUCUUUCAUCGCUAGGGAGCAAUUUCAGGCCGACACCCCCGAGGUCGCGGCCUUAGACCCUAUCGACAAGGAUUGGCGACUACCAUUUAUCGCUUACCUCUAG